AUGGGUGAUGUACGAGUUGGUGAGUUGCAUAGUGAUGAAUCUUUGGAGCAUGAACUAAUCGAUAAUGAUGAAAUGUAUGAGGAUGAUGAUGAUGAUGUGAAUGAUACACCUAAUGCAUCCAUUGAAGAUCAAAGUGUUAAUCAUCAUUCUACAGUGAUUCCAUACUUAGUUCACACUAAAGAAAGUGCAAAAGAUUUUAUCUAUACAAAAGAUGAUGGUUCUGUCCGAACGGCACUUUGGAAUCCAAGCAAUCCUAAAUAUAUCCAGUCAGGUAUGCUAUUUAUGAAUAAGAAGCAAAUGAAAUAUGUCGCAAGAGCAUAUAAUCUUGCACUAAAAAAAGAAUUUCCUUGUGAUCAAUCCAAAAGUAAAAGUUGGAAAAGCAUUAAUGGUUUCAAAAGUUGUAGGCCGGUCAUUUGCAUCGACGGCACACAUCUUUAUGGAUUGUAUGAUAUGAAACUGUUAAUUGCGGUUGGGAUUGAUGCUAAUGGAAAUAUUUUCCCACUUGCAUACGCGUUAGUUGCACGUGAGAGUUUUGAAUCUUGGUCGUGA